AUGGUAGAAGCUAUGAAGCAACCAGUUAGGAAAGCUACUAUCAGGGUACUGACACAAAGAAGAGCACCAAAAGAAACACCUUCAGCGCCAUCCAAUAUUGGAGGGAUAAAGAAGAAGGAUGGCAUUGAUAUUACAACUGAAUCUGGAUCACAACCUUCUUUGGAAGCUGCUGGGUGGAAUAGGGAGGUACAUAAGGAAGCAGAGAAGGCUUGUGCAAAUUUUUGGUAUUAUAAUAACAUUCCCUUCAAUGUGGCAUGGAGUCCAUAUUGGGAGAGUUUGGUGUCUUCAUUGACAGUUGUAGGGAAAGGGUUCAAAGCCCCUAGUCCAAGAGAUUUAAGUGGCACGUUGCUCCAAGAUGCUAUUGUAGAUGCAAAAGGAAUUGUGGAAGUUGAAAAACAACAAUGGCAAAAAUAUGGAUGCUCAAUUCUUUCAGAUGGUUGGACAGAUGGAAGAAAUCGUACUCUUAUCAAUUCUAUAGUGGUUUCAAAUGGUGUGAUGGUUUUUCUAAAGUCAAUUGAUGCCUCUAACAUAGUAAAGAAUGCUGAAAAUUUGAGAUUGAUGUUGGAGGAGGUUGUUUUAGAGGUGGGCAUAGAAAAUGUUGUCCAAGUUGUCACUGACAAUGCAAUGACUGCUUCUGGUCAUGAGCGCAACUGGAGUUUGUUUUAUGCCAUUCACACAAAGAAGCGUAAUAAGUUGACUCAAAAAUGCCUCAAUGAUCUUGUAUUUGUGCAAUAUAACCUUCGACUUCGCACAAGAAAGGUGCAGGACCAACCAGACAAACUCAUUGAUUUGGAUGACAUUGAUCCCUAUAGUGAUUGGACCGUGCAAGAUGAUGAUCAUGAGGCCUCCUUAUUUACAGAGGAUGAGAUUGUUGAUUUUGAGAGGCAAGCUAUGGAGGAUUUGGCUGCAACAGAAGCAGGGGAGAUUGGAUUGAAUGCUUUUGAUAUGGUAGAGGAGGAGCCACUACCACAUGCCAGCAUGGUGGAGCAAUAG